AUGACGUUGCGGUACUUCCCCAAUGGUGUGGUCCUCCUGCUGAGCGCGUCCAUCGGUCGUGGUGAUGACCUGGGAGAGCAGGCCAUCAAUGUCGGCGCGUACACAGCCACCGUCAUGGCGGGUCUGGCCACCCACUCGCUCAUCGUGCUGCCCCUCAUCUACUACUCCUUCGUGCGCAAAAACCCGCUGGUGUUUGCGCUCCACGCAUUCGUCACGGCCUUCGGCACAUCGGACAGCGGGGCGACGCUCCCUGUGAAAUUUAUGUGCCUCGACCAGAACAACAAGCUUGACAGGCGCGUCACGAAGUUCGUCGCACUCAUCGUUUCGGCCUUCAAGCUCCCCGGUACCGCCCUCUACGCCGCCAUCGGCACCAUAUUCAUCUCCGACCUGAGUGGCAUCGAGAAGCGGUGCCGCACCUAUGUGAACGUCUCGAGCCAGUCCAUAGCAGUUGCCAUACUUCACCACUCUGUAGACGUGGAGUUGAAGGGUAACCAGAAUGCUCUGGAGCACUGGCCGGAUGAUGAACUUACCCUGGAGAGGAAGUACACUUCCAACCGCUAA